AUUCUAUCUGUAACUGGAUAAAAGAUAUAGACAACUGUACUUUGUUUUCUUAAUUCCCUCUUAAAUCUAAUUUUAACUACCAAUAAAAAUAUUUAUAUAUAAAGAAAAAACUAGACCUUAUCUAAUCAUAAGUAUUAAUGACCUAAAUGAUAGACUACAUGAUGGAUAUUUAUUUUCCAUAUUAGAAAUAUUAAGUAACAUUUUAUCACAAGGCAGAGAUAUUUUUGGCCACAAUCCAACAUAGCUUCAGAGAGAUAUUCUGUUUCUAAACUGAACAUGGCAACUGCAGAACUUAAACAUUUUGUGAGAUAUGGAAAGAAAAUUGCUGGUGCAGGAUUAAAUUAUAGGUCUCUUUUGACUGAAAGAAAACUCCCUUUACCAAAAGAGCCAGUUAUUUUUCUGAAGCCAACUUCAUCAUAUAUUACUGAGGGUCAGAAUAUUGAAAUUCCAGAUGGGUUUGUCGUGCAUGAAGAAGUUGAACUGGGAGUAAUCAUUGGACAGAGAUGCAAAAAUAUCCCUGAAUCACAGAGCCUGCAGUAUGUGGGAGGGUACUGUCUAGCUCUAGACCUGACAGAAGUGAGGCUAAUGAAAGAAAUAAGAGAAAAUGGCUUACCAUGGACAUUUGGCAAGGGAUUUGAUACAGCAUGUCCAGUGAGUAGAUUUCUUCAUUGUGAAGAGAUACAGAAUCCUAAUAAUGUACGAAUUUGGUGCAAAGUAAAUGGUGAAUUGCGACAAAAUGAAACCACUUCAGACAUGGUUUUCCCCAUUGCAUCACUAAUCAGCCAUAUAUCUCAAUACAUGUCCCUAGAACCUGGUGACCUCAUUCUCACUGGAUCACCUGCUGGUGUUGGUCCCAUUGGACCUAGUGAUGUUAUGGAAGCAGGAAUAGGGGAAGAUAUAUCAAUGACAUUUCCAGUUGUGGCUGUGUAACUUUCAACUGAAAUUACAUAAUCUGAAAUGGAGCUUUUCUGCAAAGAUAUAUAAACAAGUUGUAUUCAUAGGAUAUAUCAUGUCCUCUUGGAUUCAUAUGUUAAAAAGUGUUAGCAUAUAUACUAUUAAACAGAUAACUUAAAAAUAAAGAAUUGACAGAACUUUGUUGUAA